ACACACAUGUAUUAUCAAAGAAAGGAAAGUUAUCGAUUUUGCACGUCAAUGAUUGUCAGUCAUUUUGAUUAGGAUAAAGAUUCGUUCUCAGGAACCGAAGCUCUCGCUGUGAAAUUCCUAGCACGAUUGCUCGUGAAAGGAACGCGUCUCCUGUGGAUCUCCUCUCUCUACUCGGGCGUUUAAUUAGCGUCCUCGAUCGCGUAGAAAGGAGGAACUAGCUUAGGUGCCCGGACCUUUUGACGUCACACGGCGAGAGCCGACCGGCGGGAGAUCGAACAGGGGCGAGAGGAUGUUGCUGAGGUAACACGACAUUUCGAGGCCGCACGAGAAGUACGAUAAUCGCAGCGCGGGAAGGUGUCGAUCGCAGCAGGCGCAUAAAGGAGGAUCGAAGAGUGGCGGAAGGAUGGGUUUUCCCAGGAGAAGGUCGCUGUGGCUGAAGGUGGCGGUACUGGCAACCGCCGUGUGGGUGACCGUCUGUUUCCUGCUCUAUACGGAGGAUCGGGCGGCGGCGGCUGCCGUUCAAGGAUUGGCACCGUCGGGCGUCGCGAUGCCGCAACAAGCGGCGAAUGGCUUUGUGCCACCCGCGGCGCCAUUUAGAAAAGAGUCGACUGGUAAUGCUAUUAACAACAGGGCGAAGAUCAAUCAAGUCGGUCUAAAGCAAGAUUCUAUAGGUAGUGGAGUGUUGGAUAUACCACGGGAACCGGAUACUGCUGCACCCGGUGAAAUGGGCAGACCCGUGAUAUUGCCGGCCAACAUGUCUGCGCAGACGAAGAAGCUGGUAGAUGAUGGCUGGCUCAAUAACGCAUUUAAUCAGUACAUCAGUGAUUUAAUCUCCGUGCACAGAUCUUUGCCCGAUCCACGCGAUCAGUGGUGUAAGGAAUCUGGUAGGUACUUGAAGGAUCUUCCGCCUACAGCAGUAAUUAUCUGCUUCCACAACGAAGCUUGGUCUGUGUUGUUGCGUACAGUGCACUCCGUGCUGGAUAGAUCGCCAGAACAUCUCAUACAGGAAAUCAUUCUAGUCGAUGAUUUCUCCGACAUGCCUCAUCUCAAGCGCCAAUUGGAGGACUAUAUGAUGAAUUAUCCAAAAGUGAGAAUUAUUAGAGCGAAUAAACGUGAGGGCCUUAUCAGGGCGCGCUUGUUAGGCGCUGCGGCGGCCAAAGCUCCGGUCCUCACAUAUCUGGAUAGCCAUUGUGAAUGUACGGAGGGCUGGCUAGAACCUCUUCUGGAUCGGAUCGCGCGCGAUCCGACGACGGUAGUUUGUCCGGUGAUCGAUGUUAUAGACGACACUACCCUGGAAUACCACUGGCGCGACUCGAGCGGUGUAAAUGUCGGUGGAUUCGAUUGGAAUCUCCAGUUCAAUUGGCACGCGGUACCAGAGAGAGAGAGAAAGAGGCACAAAAACCCGGCCGAACCCGUUUGGUCACCAACAAUGGCUGGCGGCCUCUUUUCAAUAGACCGAGUUUUCUUCGAACGGAUCGGCACAUAUGAUAGCGGCUUCGACAUAUGGGGUGGCGAGAAUCUUGAAUUAUCAUUUAAAACCUGGAUGUGCGGAGGCACCCUGGAAAUCGUGCCAUGCUCGCACGUGGGUCACAUCUUCAGGAAACGUUCGCCUUACAAGUGGCGCAACGGCGUGAACGUGCUCAAGAGGAAUAGCAUAAGACUGAGCGAAGUGUGGCUGGACGAGUACGCCAAGUACUACUAUCAGAGGAUAGGUCACGACAAGGGCAACUACGGCGACAUAUCGGAGCGAAAAGCUCUUAGGAAGAAACUGGGGUGCAAGUCGUUCAAGUGGUACCUGGACAACGUUUAUCCGGAACUCUUCAUUCCAGGCGAGGCAGUCGCCUCUGGAGAGGUCCGAAACCUCGGCGAAGGCGGUAACACCUGUCUGGACUCGCCCGCUCGCAAGGCCGAUUUGCACAAACCGUGCGGACUGUAUCCCUGUCAUCGACAGGGUGGAAAUCAGUACUGGAUGCUCAGCAAGACGGGCGAAAUCCGUCGAGACGAGUCGUGCUUGGACUACAGUGGCAGCGACGUUAUUCUCUAUCCUUGUCAUGGCAGUAAAGGAAAUCAACAAUGGAUCUACAAUCCUCAGACUAAUCAUAUCAGGCACGGUAGCAGCGACAAAUGUCUAGCGAUUACAGAGAGCAAACAGCAACUGGUGAUGGAAGAAUGCUCGUCCAAUGCCCUGAGACAGCGAUGGUCCUUUGAGAAUUACGAUCCAUCGAAGCUGUGAUACCGCGCCUUUUCGCGUCGUCAUUCCCAUAAUCGCAAUCACGCUUCUGAUCGCGCCGGAUCUUGGCUACCAGGCAAACGGUUCUCAAUCGCUAAGACUCGUUUUGGUAGAUAAAUCUCACGAAUUCCGCAAGAUAUUGCGAAAAUUCCUGAAACCGCUCGGAAUCGCUUGAUGGACCAAUUUAAACCCCACGCGUUUUCUCAAGGAACGAGAACGAAAGAGUUCAUCGUCGACUUCUCAUCGACGAUUGAAAUGUGUGAAACAAAAGAUCAAUCGAUGCAACGAAACGUUUGCGAGAACAAUAUACUUUGAAAAUUUUGUACUGAGAAACUGCAUUUAAUUAGAAUAAGUUCCGAGCAUUGUAUGGCGCUCGAAUCGAUUAUGAUUUGAGUUUCAUAUAUUGAUAGCCCUAAUUACUAAGAGUAUUACGAGAGAUUAGCUCGAACGUGAUUGUGAACGAACGUGAUUGUAUCGACCAUCGAAAUAGCUCUCGAUCAUCACUUUCGUUCAUUGAUCAUUCACGCUUCCAUGAGGAUCAAAAUAGGAAGCGGAAUGUUUGAUAUUGUCAUAGAAACGAUACAUCGUAUCGAUCUUAGUGAACGAAUCGUUAAGUAUAACGAGUAGCGAAUUAUUUCCUUUUCUCUAUAUUACGACAAUUUCAAGAACGAACUGCAGAAUGUUUUCGACAAGUUUGAACGCGACCGUUAUCCUUUAGAAAAAUCAAGUGCCAAAUUUCAAAUAUUCCCAUCUCAAGCUUACUAUAACCGAGGAUAAACUCCUACAAAAUAGUGAACCUACAUUGCCGUUAAUGAAAACACGUAGUGUUUGCGUGUACUGAAUAACUUCAGAAGAUUGUAUUAGACGAUAUCUGCGCAAUCGUGCUCUUCUGCUAACUCUUGGAGUGCCAUGUGCGAAUUUGAGGGAAAAACGCGAAGAGAAUUAUAGCUCCCUUAAUGCAAAUUGCGUUUGUACAAUUUGCAUUGUUCUCAUGCACGGCUCAUGAGAUAGCAUGCAUCUUAUAAGUAAAGAUGGUUUACCUUCAAGUUAUUUCCUAAUCACGCUUUUCUCAGUGUUCGAGAGAAAUAUUUCGAAAAUGUAUGCAAUAAUAUCAUUCUUCAUAUUAAAACAAUUGCCAGACAUCAUACCGCUAAUCGGCGAUUCGAUUAUCCGCGAUAGCAUUCGUCGCUCGUUCAUAGUCUCUUUCUUGCUACCUCUUCGGAGGUGAAUUUUACAUUCCAGAUUCGCCGAGAUGAUGACGGCGAUAUUUCAACAAGUGUAACAAAAAGAGAAUAUAUGAUAUUUUCUUUUUAAUUUUUAAUUUAGAUACUCGCGUAGAUUUAAUUAGAUAUGCGUAAAGGAGGAGAGCGGUAAAACAUUCUGGAGACAAAUUGUUUGAUUCUGUUUGUACAAUACAUUCAUGUAAGAUACAAUGUCUUGAUGCCAGUUCAGAGAACGUAAGU